AUGCCUGUUAGCGCUGCUCCCUGCUCGGACGAGGAGUCGACGAGAGCUGAUCUCGAUAACACUGCGGGCUUACCAAUUCCAGACAAUGAAACCAUCCGUGACAGGCUUAAAACCUGGAAAUGGCCCCAGGUCUAUGUUGAAAUGAAGACUACGGCGGUCCCACCAGCCAGGAGAGAUCCCUACCCAUGCAAGGAUAUUGAGCGCAAGGCCAUGCAAAUGCUGGUCGCUCAAUUGGAGCGAGAUGGGUUUGUCAAAACUGUCACACUCGACGAGGUCCGGAUGGGACAUAUCUGGGUGGUGCCAGCGUUCAUUGUAGAGAAACACUGUGCAGAGCAGCAACCCUCGAUUGGUGACUUGACGGAUGAGAACGUGCAGAAACACUUUCGUUUGGUGGUAGAUGAAAGGCCUAUCAAUGAGUGCUGCAAGCCCCUACCCUCGACUUGGGAAGGCUAUCAACUACCGUUACUGCAGUGCGUCGAGUCCAUCGGAGCAAAUUCCUGGCUCGCCACAUUAGAUAUAAAGAACGCUUACUUUUGCCUUGAAUACCAUCCCCCAGUUCAGCGUUAUUUUGCCUUCAGUAACUUCGACCAGAACAACGAGGUCCACUAUGCGUUACAUCGUCGUAUGAUAAUGGGAUGGACGCAUAGCGCUAGCUAUUGGUGCUACGCGCUUCGCCAGCUAUUGGAUACUGCUGUCCCUGAGUUAUUGCCUUAUAUGGUUACCUAUAUGGAUGACUGUCUGCUCUGGCACCCCGUUCGGGCUCAAUGUGAAGCGAUGUUACAAGCUGUGAUCUUUGCCGUCCGAACUGCUGGGGCGGAGGUGCCACCCCACAAGGUUAGAGGUCCUGAUAGGGAAGUAGAAUUUCUCGGUAUGUCCCUUGGGCCCGAUGGUUAUCGUGUGGCUGACCACACCUUGAAGGAUCUCCGGUUGGCCUUAUCGGACCGUCCACAAACCUUGCGUGGCUUGCGCGUAAAACUUGGCCUCAUGCAAUUUUGCAAGAGUUUAUGGUCACCCGUUACGGGGGGAGCCGCUGGCACGCUGACUCAUCUGACGCAGCCUUUGACGGCUCUGAUAGGCGAGAUGACCUCUACAGGAGCUCGCCGCAACGCUAGACUCCCUUGGACACAGAGUUCGACAAAUAUGGGCGAAGAUCUUUC